CUUCGACCUCACACCUCGUUCCCUCUUCUUCUUUUCACAUUAUCUCCUAUUCCGAGUGCCGAACGAAACCAUCAACACUGUCAAUGGCUUUAGUCCCACCACAUAUCGCCACUGCCCAUCGAACCAUGGGUGAACAGGGCCCUCCGAGGUUAAUUUUGGAGGAGGAAAUUCUCAACGAUGACAAGGUCGUCAAAUCAAGAGCUCCUGGCACGGUCCUACGAAAUCAUCGACAGCUUACCAAGGAAGACAAAAGUCGCCCGAGAAUAUGCCUGGGUUCUUGUUCAUCAGCAAGGACGAACUGGAGCAAGUUCCAAACAGCUGAUCAGGAAGUACUAUAAUGCGAUCUUUAAUAUGUGGUCCACCACCCACAGACAUAACGAAACUCCGGGGACACCCAACAGAUCUUCCAUUUCAAAAGGCAUCCAAGUUGGGACUCUGAAACAGAACUACCAAGCUCUUGGCAGAGGGGAGAGACCUGAGGCCCGAAACGCUGGCGAGCCUGUCGUUCUUAGGUUUUCCAUGAACAAAGAGGCCAGGUGCAUGGAAUGGAAUCUUGAAGACCAAGACGGAAUUCGAGUCAAAAGCUCAAAUGUCAGCUACAACAUGGGCGCUGUUCAAAUGCGAAUAAAUGCCACUCGAAAUUACGACAAUCUCGAGCGGCAACGAGUCAGCUCCUACAACCUAGAGCAGAUCGUCUGCGCUACUCGUCGCCUUCUCGUGAGUUGGGCCCAGGACGGAAGUGAAUGCGACCGCACCAUCGUUGGGAAGACACACAUUUUGCAGCUCACAGUUGCUUCCGACUACGCUCGCUCAAUGGCCUCCCUAUUCACCGAGGUGAUUGAAGGUCUCGACGAUGGCAAUCAAGAGAAAACUGAGGACUCGGAUUCGGAUUAAGUUAUUCGUCAAUCUACGCGACCCUUCAUCUACAUCUCAGUGUUCCUUAGUACUUUCGUUCUUGUCUCAUCAUCGAGCUACCAUGGUUGUCGACACACUGGUUCGUCUUGUGAAUUGAAAGCUAUGUCAAUUGUCUUUACAUUUCUGCAACACAAGAGUUCUUAACUGCCUUAAGGGCAGUGAUCAGGUCAGAAUAUACAGUCAUUCGUCUACGGUACUUCUGUUUCCACAACGUUACUGUAAGUUGUGGUUCUUCCAGAAUAGAGCUCUGAUCAAUCAGCUGACAUGUAUCAGACGCGAUACACAAUGCCUAAAAACAAACAAUGAGAUAUUACUGAGUUUCGGAGGACAAAUAUUGCAGCACAUGAGGCAACAGGCCCGUCCAUAUUUGGGGUCUCGCAAUCCGACUAGUUAGACAGGAAAAAUACAAACUGUGUCAUCC